GACAUGAUGCCACUGGGCAGCCCUUUUAAAGAGAAAAGCUAGAAACGGAGCAUACAGCUUGGUACAGUAGCCCUGUUCAGAGGAAGUGGAAAUCUGUGAACAGUCAUUUCAAAACAAACAUGAGUGAGAGACAAGGUUCUGGAGCAGCAAACGGAAAAGACAAGACAUCUGGUGACAAUGAUGGGCAAAAGAAAGUUCAAGAGGAUUUUGAUAUAGACAUGGAUGCACCAGAGACAGAGAAGGCUGCAGUGGCAAUACAGUCUCAGUUCAGAAAAUUCCAGAAGAAAAAGACAGGCUCCCAGUCUUAGUAGCUACCUCACCGUUUCAGCAUCACUACUUCCUGGUCUGACAGGAAAUGAAGAAACAAAAAACAAACAAAAAACCCUAGAUGCAUGUACAGAAAUUAUCACUAUUUAAAACUCCAUUGGAAGGUAUUAAAAUUAUAAAGCUUAUUGCGUGGCAUAAUCUCUGUGUAAUUCCAUUCUCAUUGCUUCUGUAACUCACCAUUUUACUUAAUGUUAAAAUAAAAGGUUAGGAUGCAGUUA